CUCAUCACUUGGUGGGCUGUUUCCAGUCUCGGUUUACACAGUCAUUAGUAAAAGGAGGAGUUUCUACCCAUUCCUUGGGGAACAUACCUCGAGAUUUCUGGCACAGAAUUUGAGUUCUUAGAACGAGAAGAAGCUAUAACGGUCCGUCUUCUUAGAAUCUCGGGGACACUGGUAUCACGCAGACGUUUAAUUUAUUCAUCUAAAUUAACGGACCUGAACAGUCGGUCGUCAUGACUGUCGUCGGCUGCAACAAGUGUAUCAAAUUCAUGCUCUUUUUCUUUAAUUUCGUUUUCUGGUUGGCUGGAGCUGUGAUCUUAGGAGUGGCUCUAUGGCUUCGUCAUGACAACCAGACCAGCAGUCUCCUCAUGCAGCAGUUUGAAGGCCAGCAGGCUCCAAACACCUUCUAUACCAGCGUGUACAUCCUGAUAGCUGUGGGAGCUGUGAUGAUGAUUGUGGGGUUCCUUGGUUGCUACGGUGCCAUCCAGGAAUCUCAGUGCCUCCUUGGAACGUUCUUCUUCCUGUUGGUGUGCCUCUUCGCCUGUGAGGUGGCUGCUGGGAUCUGGGGAUUUAGUAACCGAGACACAAUCUCCAAGGAGAUGAUAAACUUCUAUGAUGCGGCGUACAUCAAGUCAGUGGACGUCAUAGACUCUUCUAGCAAAACAGCUGCUAUCAAAGUCCUGGAGGUGUUUCACGAGACGCUGGACUGCUGUGGUAAAGGAGAUGACUCUCCCUUAUUCAAACAAGUAGCCGUAGCUCUGUGUCCCAAGAAGACGCAGGACGAUGCCUUGUUGAAACCUCAGAGCUGUCAUCUGAAGCUGAAGGACCUCUUCUCUGAGAAGCUCUGCCUGAUUGGUCUAGCUGCCCUGGCGGUCGCUGUCAUCAUGAUCUUUGAGAUGAUCUUCACCAUGGUUCUCUGCUGUGCGAUCCGCAACGCCACCCCAGUGUACUAGAACCACAGAACCGUAAUAGAACAACAGAACCAUAGAACGACGGAAUCGCGGAAUCAUAGAACCACAGAACCAUAUUGGAGGGGAAAGUCCUCUACAGAUCAAAGCCAACAAUGGGGAUACAAAAUGUUAUGUUAUGUUUUGUGUUGUAGUUCCUGUUUUGUUUUGUUCCUGUUAUGUUUUGUGUUGUACUUCCUUUUUUUGUGUUGUAGUUCCUGUUUUGUGUUGUAGUUCCUGUUUUGUGUUGUAGUUCCUGUUUUGUGUUGUAGUUCCUGUUUUGUGUUGUAGUUCCUGUUUUGUGUUGUACUUCCUGUUUUGUGUUGUAGUUCCUGUUUUGUGUUGUAGUUCCUUUUUUGUGUUGUAGUUCCUGUUUUGUGUUGUAGUUCCUGUUUUGUGUUGUAGUUCCUGUUUUGUUUAGUUCCUGUUAUGUUUUGUGUUGUACUUCCUUUUUUGUGUUGUAGUUCCUGUUUUGUGUUGUAGUUCCUGUUUUGUGUUGUACUUCCUGUUUUGUGUUGUAGUUCCUGUUUUGUGUUGUAGUUCCUGUUCUGUUUUGUGUUGUAGUUACGUUUUGUGUUGUAGUUCCUGUUUUGUGUUGUAGUUCCUGUUUUGUGUUGUAGUUCCUGUUUUGUGUUGUAGUUAUGUUUUGUGUUGUAGUUAUGUUUUCUGUUGUAGUUCCUGUUCUGUGUUGUAGUUCCUGUUUUGUGUUGUAGUUCCUGUUUUGUGUUGUAGUUAUGUUUUCUGCUGUAGUUCCUGUUUUGUGUUGUAGUUCCUGUUUUCUGUUGUAGUUCCUGUUAUGUUUUGUGUUGUAGUUCCUGUUUUGUGUUGUAGUUCCUGUUUUGUGUUGUAGUUCCUGUUCUGUGUUGUAGUUCCUGUUUUGUGUUGUAGUUCCUGUUCUGUGUUGUAGUUCCUGUUUUGUUUUGUAGUUAUGUUUUCUGUUGUAGUUCCUGUUCUGUGUUGUAGUUAUGUUUUCUGUUGUAGUUCCUGUUCUGUGUUGUAGUUCCUGUUUUGUGUUGUAGUUCCUGUUUUGUGUUGUAGUUCCUGUUCUGUGUUGUAGUUCCUGUUCUGUGUUGUAGUUCCUGUUCUGUGUUGUAGUUCCUGUUUGUUCUUAUUAUAUUGCAGGAUCAUGUACAUUUUUAUAUGUACAUUUUUAUCAUUAUUUUUGAAUAGAGACUAGAUUUUACUACGGUAUUUUUGUUAAUUAUGUUUGAACAAUACUUCUAAUAUAACAGUUUGAUUCUUUUGAUGACUGUUGAUUAAAUGCCAGGCUUUGACCAGCGGACAUUCAGCAUCACUCUAAUGCUAAAUCUUUUACUAAUUGAUUUUUCUCUUUGAGUCACUUUGUAUCUUUUCGUGAAAGACUUCUCCAAGGUCGAAUUGUUCAGUGCUCUUUUUUCAUGGUUGUAUAAUCUGUAGAUAUUCAUUGAAAAUGCAGCCAAAAUGGUACCUUAUUCCCUUUAUAGUGCACUACUUUUCCCAGGGUCCAUAGAGCUCUAGUGAACAGUGGUGCACUAUAUAGAGAAUAGGGGGCUACUUGGGACACAACCUGGAUUUCAUUAGUGGUUAGGCAACGCUUAAAGUGGAAUUAAAAAGGUGCACACA